GUGCUCUCUUGUCCGUCGUUCGGUUAAUGGACAUACAGAUCAGUAAACGAUAUCCGUAGACCAACUUUCCCAGGUUUUACGGCCAUCAGAAUUGAGGCAACGAGGAUGCGAUGAUUGCUGCCACUCGCCGUUGGUUUCGAAAGAACCGAACCAACCUCCUCAUCGGUGCCGGCGUCAUUGGUGCAGGCUACGUCGCUGGGCAGUACGUAUGGACGAAGAUCCAGGAGGCACGGCAGCGCUCAAGCGAGGAUCGUGUAGCGAAGGACAACCUCCGCAGGCGAUUCGAACAAAACCAAGAGGACUGCACAUACACCGUCCUUGCCCUGCUACCAACCUUGCGUGACGAGAUCAUCACUGCUUUACCGGUUGAGCAGAUCAGCGAACAACUUCAGCAAGAGCGGCAAGAGCGAUUGAGAAAGCUAGGGCAAUCCGAAGCAGCAUCAACCGAAUACCCUUCAGUACCGCCCAGUGUAGUGAACGAAGAUGGGCAAAGCUUAUCAAGCAGUAGCUAUGUGCACGCCAGUCAGAUGGCUGGUAGUUCAUUAGGCCCGGACGGUGCGUCAACGCGACCAAAGCGAAGCAAGGCGCAGUUAUGGCAGGAUAUGAAGAUCAAUUCGAUCGCGCGCGCGUUGACACUUAUAUACACACUGUCCUUACUGACCAUACUUACUCGGAUACAGCUGAACCUGCUGGGCCGAAGGACGUAUAUCUCAUCGGUAGUGGCGCUGGCGUCGCCACCCACGACCCAGCAAUCUUCAAGGAUAUCGUUAGAGAACAGAGACGAUGACGGUUACGAUGACAUUUACGGAAAUGAUCUAGAAACGAACCGAAAAUAUCUUACAUUCAGCUGGUGGCUGUUGCAUCGUGGUAGUAAUCAAAUCAUGGAACGUGUCAUGGCCGCUGUCAAGGAAGUGUUUGGCCCCGUGAACAUUCGGGAAGACAUUACGCUAGAUCGACUUAGCAGUCUGUUGAUGGAAGUCCGAAGGAAGGUAGAGGGCGCCACUACAGAAGCUCGCGGGCAGAUGCGCUGGUUACCGUAUCUACUGCCACCAGCGGAGCAGGAGAGCUUUGUCGUGCGGCAAGCGGCAGUGUCUGAUAGCGAGGAGUCGCCAUAUGCGGAGGGUCAAAUGGAUCCAUUAGCAGCCACCGCUAAUGCGACCGACGAUACCAUCAAUGAGUCUUUGCGACGAUUGCUGGAUGAGACUUCGGACCUUGUCGACUCACCAACUUUCGCUCAAGUGCUGACGAGCAUUAUCGACGCGGCAUACUCGCAGCUUGUGGACCAUCGCAUCGCCCUGGAGUCGUUCAGGGUCCCGGUGUCUCCUGAGGACGGCGGCAGAAUCAGUGAGAUAUCGGACGCCAAAUGUAAGCUGGCGCACGUGCUACCCAUUUUUUGUCGACAAGCACAUGCUAUUGCAGCCGGCAGCGGCGAUCUUGAUGCUAUGGCCAGCGUAGCUGCUCAGGGGUCGUUAGGUAAUGAGUAUCUGGCGGCCAUUGACCAGGUCCACGAUCUGAACGCUUUCGCGGCGGUGAUCUACUCGAGCAACUUCGAGCAAGAACUGGCGGAACGGGAGCCGGAGGUCUCGCCGGGCCCUUUUCAACCGCAGGAAGGAGGUCAAGAUCCUGCCUCUUUACCCGUAACCCUGUUUGACGGCCUUGCUUCAACUAUUGGAUCUGGGCAGAGAGCUGCCGCGGACAGCAUAACGGGGCUGAGUGGCACUGGCGUCUCGAGUACAGCUGAGCAAGAGAACCCCACAUCUGGGGCAGGAAAGACAACAGACCCGGACAUGGAGGCGGCCUGGAAGAACGCUUUGGCGAAAGAAGAUGGUGUCUCCUUUGAUGCUCCAGUCCCGGUAAAUGACUGAACGUGGACGAUUGUAAUAUGCCACCGGAGAUACUAGGGCGUUCUAUACCCAGUUGAUACACGAUCGAAUGUAGGUGGUCAACGAUAUUGAUGCUUCCUCGAAACGCUUCACACUUGGUGGGCCGCAAGAACGGCACCGCAAGCUCGACUAUUGCUCUCGUGGCGCGAAACUUACUUUGUGCCAUUGCUUGCUCUGACUGCAUGUUGGUUUUUGCUCCAACCACAAUGCUCGAAUGAUUAAGCAAACCCAGGAACGCUCAGGCUAUUUUGCAGAUAAUUGCCAAGGUUCUUCCAUUAACCCAAUCUGUAACUGGGGUAAAGUCCGUGAAGGCACCGACAGCACCUCAUCUCGCACUUACGCCGAGUGUAUCCUAUCACACGACCGCCAAACUGCCUACCGCAUUGCCGUAACUCACUGCC